AUGACUCCCUCUGCUGUACCUCCGGAACCCGCCACGGUGCCCUCCGCGAUACUGACCACCACUUUCGACGACACUCUUCGCUUCUACCUUAAUGGCACCCGUGUUGUGCUCGACGAGGUCGACCCCGAAGUUACACUACUUGAAUAUCUCCGGGGUAUUGGUUUAACAGGGACCAAGCUAGGUUGCAGCGAAGGCGGUUGCGGCGCCUGCACAGUCGUUGUCUCGCAGUAUAACCCGACAACGAAGAAGAUAUAUCACGCUAGCGUCAAUGCCUGCCUCGCACCCCUCGCCUCCGUCGACGGAAAACAUGUCAUCACCGUGGAGGGUAUCGGGAACGUCAGGCGGCCCCACCCGGCUCAGGAACGUGUGGCAAAGAGCAACGGCUCCCAAUGCGGCUUCUGUACCCCGGGCAUCGUCAUGAGCUUGUAUGCUCUUCUCAGGAACAACCAGGCACCGACCGAGCACGAUAUCGAGGAGGCAUUCGAUGGAAAUCUGUGUCGCUGUACGGGAUACCGGCCCAUCCUAGACGCUGCGCAAACGUUCAGCGUGAAGAGGGAAGCGAGUGGGGCUAAUGGGUGUGGGAAUGCGAAGGCGAAUGGGGGGAGUGGCUGUUGUAUGGAGAACGGUGAUGGCGGCGGAUGUUGCAAGGAUGGGAAGGUGGACGGCGUCGACGACCAACAGAUCAAGAGAUUCACACCGCCGGGGUUCAUCGAGUACAAACCGGACACCGAACUCAUCUUUCCCCCGGCACUGAAAAAGCACACGUUUAAGCCGCUGGCUUUCGGAAACAAGCGCAAGAAGUGGCUCCGCCCUGUAACCCUACACCAACUGCUCGAGAUCAAGAGCGAGUAUCCGAGCGCGAAGUUAAUAGGCGGGAGCACCGAGACGCAGAUCGAGAUCAAGUUCAAGGCGCUUCAGUACCCGGUCUCGGUGUUUGUUGGGGACAUCCCGGAACUAAGGCAGUACUCCUUGAAGGAAGACCAUCUGGAGAUCGGAGGCAACAUCACGCUUACGGACCUUGAAGGUGUCUGUCAGGAGGCCUUGAGGCACUAUGGAGAGGACCGGGGCCAGAUAUUCACCGCCAUCUACAAGCAGCUCAAGUACUUUGCAGGGAGGCAGAUCAGGAAUGUCGGCACGCCAGCUGGAAACCUAGUUACGGCAUCUCCCAUUUCGGAUUUGAACCCGGUUUUUAUGGCCGCAGAUGCUGUUCUCGUUGCAAAGACUCUGAGCCAGGACGUUGAAAUCCCCAUGUCAGAGUUCUUCCAGGGCUAUCGCCGAACGGCGCUACCAGCGGAUGCAGUUCUCGCGGCGAUUCGCAUCCCGCUCACACAAGAGAAGAACGAGUUUUUCCGAGCCUACAAACAAGCGAAGCGGAAGGACGAUGAUAUUGCAAUCGUUACGUCUGCCCUGAAACUUCGGUUGAGUGACGAUGGGGUUAUCGAGCAAGCGAAUCUCGUCUAUGGCGGCAUGGCUCCGACGACGGUGGCAGCGAAACAAGCGAAUGGGUUCCUCGUGGGGAGAAAGUUCGCCGAGUUGGAGACCCUUGAAGGGGCUAUGAACGCCCUGGGACAGGACUUUGAUCUGCAGUUCGGCGUGCCCGGCGGUAUGGCGUCGUACCGAAAGUCAUUGGCUCUAGGUUUCUUCUACCGGUUCUACCAUGAGGUAAUGGAAUCGCUCGGCGGAAAGGCCGAUGUGGAAGCGGUUCCCGAACUCGAGAGAGAUAUCUCUAGGGGAAAAGAGGACCAUACCGCGGCCGAAGCGUAUAUGCAGGAAACGCUCGGAAAGUCCAACCCCCAUGUCGCGGCCUUGAAGCAAGUCACUGGCGAGGCGCAAUACACGGAUGACAUACCGCCCAUGAAGAACGAGCUGUACGGGUGCCUGGUGCUCUCAACGAAAGCUCACGCAAAGCUCAAGUCGGUCGACCACACUCCGGCCCUUGACAUUCCUGGUGUGGUAGACUAUGUCGAUAAGACAGAUAUGCCGAGCGCCCGCGCAAACCGCUGGGGCGCGCCACAUUUCCAAGAGACCUUCUUUGCCGAAGAUGAGGUCUAUACGGCUGGCCAACCCAUCGGGUUGGUUCUGGCUACUUCGGCGGCCCGGGCGGCCGAGGGUGCCCGCGCCGUUAAGGUCGAGUAUGAGGAGCUGCCUGCCAUUUUCACCAUUGAGGAGGCUAUUGAAAAGGAGAGCUUCUUUGAGUUCUUCAGGGAGCUUAAGAAGGGCGAUUCCGAGGGAGCAUUCAAGAAUUGCGAUCAUGUCUUCACUGGUACUGCCCGGAUGGGAGGACAGGAGCACUUUUACUUGGAGACAAAUGCGUCUAUCGUGAUUCCGAAGCCUGAAGAUGGUGAGAUGGAGAUUUGGUCCAGUACCCAGAACCCCAACGAAGCUCAGGCAUACGCGGCACAGGUUUGCAACGUCCAGAGCAACAAGAUCGUCGUCAAGGUCAAACGCAUGGGCGGAGGUUUCGGCGGCAAGGAGUCCCGCUCAGUCCAACUCAGCUCGAUCCUCGCGUUAGCGGCACAGAAAACGCGCAGGCCGGUCCGUUGCAUGCUCACGCGCGAGGAGGACAUGCUCACCACUGGUCAGCGACACCCCUUCUUAGGACGAUGGAAGGUGGGCGUGAACAAAGACGGUAAGAUCCAGGCGCUCGAUCUUGACAUCUUCAAUAAUGCCGGCUGGAGUUGGGAUCUUAGCGCCGCUGUGUGCGAGCGUGCCAUGACACACUCCGAUGGCUGUUACAUGAUCCCCAAUAUCCACGUUCGCGGCCGCAUUUGCAGAACGAAUACCAUGUCAAAUACGGCAUUCCGCGGGUUCGGCGGUCCCCAGGGCAUGUUUAUCGCCGAGUCCUUCAUGUCCGAGGUGGCCGACCGCCUGAGAAUUCCUGUGGAGAAGUUCCGGGAGAUCAACAUGUAUAAGCCGGAAGCGCUCACCCACUUCAACCAACCCCUGACCGACUGGCAUGUACCCCUUAUGUACAAGCAGGUCCAGGAGGAAUCCGACUAUGCGAACCGCCGCGAAUCCAUCACCAAGUUCAACGCUGAUCACAAAUGGCGCAAGCGAGGGCUGGCUCUGAUUCCUACCAAAUUCGGUAUCUCAUUCACAGCCCUCUGGUUCAACCAGGCCGGAGCGCUGGUCCAUAUCUACCAUGACGGGUCUGUUCUUGUCGCCCACGGGGGAACAGAAAUGGGUCAAGGUUUGCACACAAAGAUGACCAUGAUCGCCGCGCAAGCCCUCAACGUCCCGAUGGAGGACGUCUACAUUUCUGAAACCGCCACCAACACCGUCGCCAACGCGUCGGCCACUGCCGCGUCUGCCUCCUCCGACCUCAACGGCUACGCCAUCCACAACGCCUGUGAACAGCUCAACGAGCGCCUGGCCCCCUACCGUGCCAAGCUCGGCCCCUCGGCAACCCUCAAAGAACUCGCCCACGCUGCCUACUUCGAUCGCGUGAACCUCUCAGCCCAGGGCUUCUACAAGACACCCGAAAUCGGCUAUACCUGGGGCGAAAACAAGGGUAAGAUGUUCUUCUACUUCACGCAGGGUGUGACCGCCGCCGAGGUCGAGAUCGACACCCUCACAGGGUCCUGGACCUGUCUACGAGCCGACGUCAAGAUGGACGUCGGCCGCUCCAUCAACCCAGCCAUCGACUACGGCCAGAUCCAGGGCGCCUUCAUCCAGGGCGUGGGCCUGUUCACCAUGGAAGAGUCCCUCUGGCUGCGCAACGGGCCCCUCAAGGGCAGCUUGUUCACCCGCGGGCCCGGCGCUUACAAGAUCCCCUCGUUCCGCGACAUCCCGCAGGUCUGGAACGUCAGCCUGCUCAAGGACGUCGAGUGGCAGGACCUGCGCACCAUCCAGCGGAGCCGCGGCGUCGGCGAGCCGCCGCUGUUCAUGGGCAGUGCCGUGUUCUUUGCGAUCCGCGACGCGCUGAAGGCGGCGCGCGCGCAGUACGGCGUCGAGGCGGCGGUGGGCGUGGAUUCCAAGGAUGAGAGCGAUGGGCUGCUCCGGUUGGAGAGUCCGGCCACGCCGGAGAGGAUUAGACUGGCUUGUGUCGAUCCUAUUGUGGAGAGGGCUCGGGUGAAGGCUAAGGAGGGAGAGAGGAGUUUCUUCAUCGCUAUUUAG